GGUAAGAGCUGCAUCAGGAUGGCCAAUAAGCAGAAGCCUCAGUGUCAGUGUAAAGUGAAAGUAGGUGGAUAGAAAGAAAAAAAACAACAAACGCACACGGAAGGCGCAGACUUAUAUCGCUUUACGUUUGUUAAAGAGCUGGCGUCGAAAUCAGUGCUUGCACACUAUGGCGCUGUGGGCGCAAAUGACCCCGCAGUUACAGUACCUGCCAACUCAGACGCUGAAUGAACUCUACCCGGACACAUUCCCUCUGGACGUCAGGCACUAUCUGGCCACCUGGAUAGAGGAACAGAGAUGGGAGAACUUUGAUGUAGACAACAUGGAACAGGAGCCUCAGGCCCGAAGGCUGUUGGAUCAGAUGGUGCUUUUGCUGCAGGACGUGGCGCAACACAACCCUAACGUGGUGGAGAGGGUCAAACUACAACAUAUCAGCCGGAACUUGAGUGUGUUCCAGGCACAGCCCAUGCAACUUGUGAGGACAGUUCGAGAUAUUCUUAGGAAAGAAAGACACUUAUUAUCACAGGCGGGUAUGCACCCUAACUUUCCAGCCUUCCAGCAAAUUCCUCAGGGUCCUCCAGCUACCAAUGGCACCCCACAACCUGCAAAAGAGGAUGGUAAGACAGAUGUGGACAAUCUGGUGCUCAAAGUUGUGGAAAUUCAGAACUGUCGCCAAACACUUCAUCAGCUUCAAGAGGAGUUGAACUGGGAAAAACCAGACAUGGAUUCGAUUCAGGGUCAAAAUGAGUUGGAGCUACAAAAAACAGACCAAGUCGCUAGACAAACUCGCAUACAGCAGCUUGAGUUCAAUUAUUCAGUCUGUGCAGAGAAGCGCGUACAGCUCCUUCGCGAUGCCGUUUGUGCUUUGGAGCAGUGCCAAUCUUGUCUUAUUCUCAGAAUUAAGUCUUGGAGGUGGGAACAGCACCGAGCAUCCAUUGGCUUGCAAUUCGAUGACAACCUUGGGCCUCUUCAGACAUGGUGUGAGCAAGUGCUUAUAGUAAAUGGUAAACUGAGGCAGGAGCUCAUGUUGGUGAAGAGAGACCACGGAGAUGCUGAGCAGUUUCACAAAUUAGAGGACAACCUGGCGCACCUGCUCAAGACUCUCAUACAAAGUUCAUUGGUAGUAGAUAAGCAGCCUCCCCAGGUCAUCAAAACCCAGUCCAAGUUUUCCACCACUGUACGCUAUCUGCUGGGAGAGAAGAUGGCCCCUGGGAAACCUGUUCUGUUGAAGGCUCAGAUUAUUACUGAGGCUCAAGCGAGAAACCUGGGUCAAGGUGUUAUACCCAAUGAAAAUGUAGGAGAACUUAUCAACAGCACGGCCAUCUUAGAGCACAACACUUCAAGCAAGAGCACAUGUGCUACCUUUAGAAACAUGUCCAUAAGGAAGAUCAAACGAGCUGACAGGAAGGGCUCUGAGUCAGUGACAGAGGAAAAGUUUGCUUUGUUGUUUACCACAGAAUUAACCAUCACGGGCUGUGAGAGCCCUUACAGCAUUCAGACAAUCUCUCUUCCUGUGGUUGUAAUCGUACAUGGAAGUCAGGAAAUCAAUGCUAUGGCGACCAUCAUAUGGGACUGUGCCUUCUCUGAGCCUAACAGGAUACCGUUCAUCGUUCCGGAGCGUGUGCCCUGGAAGCAGAUGUGUGAAGCUCUUAGCAGUAAGUUCAUGGCUGAAGUGCAGACGCAGAGGUGCUUGGACAGAUACAACCUUCACUUUCUCGCCCAAAAGAUCUUCGACCAACCAGACAUCUCUGAAGAUUUCAGCAAUAUGCCAGUGUCCUGGGCUCAGUUCAACAAGGAAGUUCUGCCUGGUCGAAACUUCACCUUCUGGCAGUGGUUUGAAGGCGUGAUGGAUCUCACAAAGAAAUGCCUGAGAGACUAUUGGAGUGAAGGAUUGAUCUUUGGCUUCAUUGGAAAACAACAUCUCCAUGUCAUACUGCAAAACCAACCCAAUGGCACCUUUCUUUUGCGCUUUAGUGACUCAGAGAUUGGUGGCAUCACCAUCGCCUAUGUGGGUCCCAGUGAUAAUGGAGGCAGGAAAAUCCAGAAUAUCCAACCCUUCACUAAGAAGGAUCUGGACUCAGCUGGCCUUGGUGACCGCAUACGAGACAUUAACUGUAUCACUCACGUGUAUCCAGACUUACCAAAGAAUGACGUAUUUAGGAAAUUCUUUACAGUGCCUUCUCCUCCUAAUCCUGAUGGAUACCUACCAUUCAAACUAACAACAGUAGUCAACCCAGGAGACCCAUGUUCCUCCACCUCCAACAUACCAGCCGACAACUCUAUGGAUAUAUACGGACAACCUAUGAACAAUGUCUAUGGGCCAAACCUGAAUCCAGGCAUGUUCUCCCCACAUUCAUCUACACCCUCAUUUAUGCCAGAGCAAAUACCCGUUCAAGGGCCACUCUACCCAUCACCCAUGCCACCAGCUCCUCCAGCAAGUGAAGAAAUAGACAUGGAAGCACUGGAGGGAAUUUUGUCAUCAAUUUGUCAAAAUACUAACAAAGAUCUGCAUUAGAGGUACAGUCCCUCUAUUCUUUUUGGACAAAGGCUAUCGGAUGGCUUGGUGCGCUAAGGACAUCUAGCACAACUCACACCUCCCAAACGGACACAUUACCCAUUUGUUCCCAAAAAAAGUGUAUGUGUAUUCUUAAUUUUAUAUCUGUGAAUCAUUGACCGUGAGUCUUUAUCACAUGGAUUGUAUACGACUCAACGUCACACUCGCUUGCAUAAACACACUAAAUGUGCAGUUCAAAGAAACAGUGUGUUUAACUCAAUCAUCAUAAUGAAUGUUUUAUAGCAACUUUUUAUAAAUUUCUUCUGAGUAGCAGGUAAACCUCUGGCAAAAAGAGUCUUAUUAGCGUGCAGUACCUAAACUCAGAAGUCGUUCCCUGUUUCGGUCUUAUGACUACUCUUGAAAGUAGCAUUAUAACUGACAAGUGAAACAGGAAAUUAUUUGCUAUCAGGUGGUUUUAUCAAAAAAAGACCAAACAGAUUUAACCUAAUACACAUUUCUGUCUGCCAGACUUUUUUCCUCUAAAUUUAAUGCAGAAAAACAUUCCAGUCUAGAUAUGUGACCAGAGUAGAUUCUUUUAGACCUUUUAGGAGUGACAGCGUUUUAUUAAACUUUAUGCAAAUAUUAGUUUUGUGCCAUAUUCCAUAUAGACAGAUUUUUUUUAUUUGGUUGUUUCAAUUGCAUGACUUGUGUGUGACCGCAUAUUCAUUAUUCAGUAUUCGUAUGAGUCAGGUUUGGCCAGUAAAAUUAAAGUUUAUCAAACUACAUAUCAGUAGCGAGUUUUACUUUGCUCUGUCAUGUAUUAUUUGUUCCUCCAGCUGCACAAAAUGAUCUAUAGCUCAAUUUUAUCGUUGCAGCCCUGCAAAUUUCCCUUUACAUUAUUGAUGGGUAUAAAUCAUGUAAAAUACAUAUCAUAUGCACAAAAUAAGGUUUUAUGUCACAUGUAGACGUAUUACUGUCUCUGCAUACUCUACAGUGUUCUGUGUGCACCGUCUUUAAAAUUGAAAUGUAAUAUACAUAGUUUCUCUUCCAUAAACUGUGAUUUUGCCGUCCAACAAUACUGUUCCAUAUCUUGUAAAAUAUAAAGCUUUCAUAUUAGUGCUUUGAAUAGAAAUAUCAAAUGGGAUGUAUUGCAAAGGUGCCAUCAGUAACUGUCCGUAUGUAUUUAGUCCUGUAGGGAAGUAUCACAUAUUUUUGUUUUGUUGUCUCUUCAGAUGUUCUUUCUGUAGCACUAACUGAUAAAUGUGCUAGAUGUACACCUGCCUGAUCGAUACACAAAAAUCUUGUCAUAUUCAUGUUACUGGUCCAAGAGGAGCUUAAAGCACUUGGCAUUUGUCAAUGAAAAAUGUUGCCAUUUUCUUUUUUAAUACUUUAGACCAAAUUUGUAAAGCAGGUAUAUACCUUUUUUUUUUUUUUUAAAAAAAAAGAAAUGUUCAUUUUCCAUGUUUUAAAUCUGAUAAAUAAAGUCAAAAUCCAUUUGA